CGGAGCUAGUAAAGCGUCGGCUUUCCGUCAACGGAAGUGGCUGUUGGAGGCUCUAAGGUAGCUUUAAAUUCCUGCUGUCUCGGGAGCUCGCCCUUUACAGUUGGAGUCGCGUUUCGUGCGACGGAUGGCGGUGGACGUGAAGUCGCGAGCAAAGCGUUAUGAAAAACUGGACUUCCUCGGGGAGGGACAGUUUGCCACGGUUUACAAGGCCAGAGACAAGAACACCAACCAAAUUGUCGCCAUUAAGAAAAUUAAACUUGGACAUAGAUCAGAAGCUAAAGAUGGUAUAAAUAGAACAGCCUUAAGAGAGAUAAAAUUAUUACAGGAGCUAAGUCAUCCAAAUAUAAUUGGUCUCCUUGAUGCGUUUGGACAUAAAUCUAAUAUUAGCCUUGUCUUUGAUUUUAUGGAAACUGAUCUGGAGGUGAUAAUAAAGGAUAAUAGUCUAGUGCUGACACCAUCACACAUCAAAGCCUACAUGUUAAUGACUCUUCAAGGGUUAGAAUAUUUACAUCAACAUUGGAUUCUACAUAGGGAUCUAAAACCAAAUAACUUGUUGCUGGAUGAAAAUGGAGUUCUAAAACUGGCAGAUUUUGGCCUGGCCAAAUCAUUUGGGAGCCCCAAUAGAGCAUAUACACAUCAGGUUGUAACCAGGUGGUAUCGGGCCCCCGAGUUACUAUUUGGAGCUAGAAUGUAUGGUGUAGGUGUGGACAUGUGGGCUGUCGGCUGUAUAUUGGCAGAGUUGCUUCUAAGGGUUCCUUUUUUGCCAGGAGAUUCAGAUCUUGAUCAACUAACAAGAAUAUUUGAAACUUUGGGCACACCAACUGAGGAACAGUGGCCUGACAUGUGUAGUCUUCCAGAUUUCGUGACAUUUAAGAGUUUUCCUGGAAUCCCGUUACAACACAUCUUCAUUGCAGCAGGAGACGACUUGUUAGAUCUCAUACAAGGCUUAUUUUUAUUUAACCCAUGUACUCGAAUUACAGCCACACAGGCAUUGAAAACUAAGUAUUUCAGUAAUCGGCCAGGGCCAACACCUGGAUGUCAGCUGCCAAGACCAAACUGUCCACUGGAAACUUUAAAGGAACAGUCAAAUCCAGCUGUAGCAACAAAGCGGAAGCGAACACAGGCCUUGGAACAAGGAGGAUUACCCAAGAAGCUAAUUUUUUAGUUACAAAGAUCACUGGACAGUAUUUUACUACUGAAGGAAAUAGUCCAAAAGGCAAUUAAUGGAAAAAUAGUAAACGUUAAGUGAAUGCUGUAGAAGGAAUUUGUAAAUAUUCUACACAUGUAAAAUAUGUAAAACUGGAUUAUUUUUAUUAAAUGUAUUUUAAAACAAACUUAAUUCUGAUUUUUCUGAUGAGAGUGCAAAAGUAAGAUUAAAUUCAAUUCUCUGAAAUGUAGAAUUGAAAAUUCAUUAAGGAAACCUUAAUAAAAAUAAUCAUCAGUUAUUUUGAUGACCUGGCCCAUCUAGCUUCACAGAUUUAUAGUAGUAUUUAAAAAUGGGGUAGUAGGGGUAGAGGUAGUAUUUAAAAAUGGAAGCAGUAGUAGUAAUGUAGCAUAUACCUACGACCUAGAGUUAACAAAUGUUAAUAUACUAAAUAGGAAAAAAAAGAUAAAACUACAAAUGAAAUUGAGGUCCCUUUAAUAUGCCAUUCCAUUCUUUUCCUUUUUGGCUUCCCGAGGGAAGCGACUCUCAGGAAAUGAGUGUCUUUCCAUGAUUUUAUACUGCUAUUUUAUAAAAAUGCAUGUAGUAAUAUACAGUAUUGUUUUGAGUCUCCAAGUUUUAUAUGAAUGAUAGGCUAUCUCAUACUAUAAUUUAUUUUUACUCAAAGCUUUUUUAUUUCUUCCAUGUUAAUACAUAUAUAAUUUAUUUAACAGCCAUCUAAUAUAUAAAAAUAAUCUAUCUUACGUAUACAACACUACAUUCUUAUGCUUUAUUUAUGGACUGUUAUUUUUCUUUCCUGUAUAAAAAUUACCGUAAGUGUAUCAGCAUAAAGUAACACAAAUUUACUAGCUCACAGUUCUAUAAGCCAGAUAUCUGACCUGGCUCAACAGUGGUUUUCACAUAGGUCAAAAUCAAGGUGUCAGUUGAACUGGACUCUUAUCUGAGUUUCUAGAGGAGAAUCUGCUUCUAUGCUUAUUCAGUUUGUGUGAUUUUAAUGCACAUGCUUCCUGUCCUUGUUAGCUGUCAGCCAAGGCUUUUCCCAGCUUCCUAAGACAGUCCCAUGCCUUGUCACAUGGCAUUCUCCAUCUGUAAGCCAGCAGCCGUGCUUAGAAUCUUUUUGGUUUUCUUGUCUGCUACCAAAAAGGGAAGUCUGCUGUCUCAA